GUUUCUGCCACUGAUGCACGUGACAUGCUUCAAUCGUCGCGUUCCAUUGAAAGUUUAACACCUACAGAGUGCAGUGCUGCUUGAUCGGAAUCACAGCGCUGUAGCACCGUUUAGAUUUCCUCAUUCUCAAAGUCAUCGGAUCGCGCCGAAAACCCAUUCGUCUAAUCCCUCCCACAAUGUCGGAUGAGGACUCCCCCCUACCGGACAUCUCUCCUGAAGAGUUGAACGGAGAUGAUUCCGACAGCUCGCUUCCUCCGAUUGAGGAAACCCUUCGGCAAGACGCCGAUGACCUCUUUGGGGAGGAUGAGGAUGACGAUUCGCAGGAUGAAGCACCACGGAAGCGGCGCCAACUUGAUGAUGAAGAAUUGGACUCGGGCGACGAUGACGGGCGACGCGAUCGCGAUCGGUCUGAAUCGGCUGGAAUGACCGAAAAGCAGCUCAGAUUCCAUAUGAUUGAGCUUGCGCGUCAUGCUAUCCCGGAGCCAGAUGAUAAUGAGUUUUACCUUCUCAAAGUUCCAAACUUCCUUGCUGUCGACCCUAAAUCCUUCGAUCCGGAACUGUUUCAACCACCCGUUACCGAUCACCACUCCAAGGGCAAACCAUCCGAUGCCUUUUCCGCCUAUACAACUGCCAUGACAACCGUACGAUGGAGACACUCACCCUCGAAUCCAGAAGAGCUUCAAUCAAAUGCUCGCAUUUUGCGCUGGUCUGACGGUUCUCUUACAUUCCAAUUCGCGCAUGAUCCCACUACACAAUAUCAAAUCGAAGGCAAUCCACUUGCCCCUCCUCAAACCCGUCCUCCCAAGCCAACACCCCUCUCCGGACCCGGCAAGAAAGCUCAAUCCGCGAAAACCUACAACCCAACCCUUGACUCCUUCACUUACAUGUUUGCCCCCUACUCCGACGAAUCCAUCCUCCGCGCCGCCCGCAAAGUCACCGCCGGCCUUUCGAUCCUCCCCACCUCCGCCUCCAAUGACGCCGCCCUCCAAGAACUGCAGCGCACCCUCCAGCGCCCCCGCGACCGUCUCACCGAGGACGGCCCCGUCCCGCUCCUCAAACUCCACGAGGACCCCGAACUCGCCAAGAAGAAGGCCGAGGCCGCCGAGAAGGAGAAGCUGCGCAUGCUGCGCCGCAUGGAGGCACAGCAGAACCGCGAGCGCGAUCGAACGCACCGCGUGCUGGAGAAGAGCGGGGUGCGCUCGGGGAGACUUACGGCCGGUGGGCUCGAGGACGAGGAAGGGUUCGGUGGGUAUCGGCGAUCGAAGCCGAAGUCGAGGCGGCCGCGGCGGGAUGAUUACAGUAGUGACGAGGAGUAUGGGGAUGUGCGGGGGCGGACGAGGGAGGACGAGUAUGAUGAGGAGGAUGACUUUAUCGCGAAGAGCGACGACGAGCAGGAGAUGGAGGAGAGUGAGGAGGAAGAAGAGGAAGAGGAGGAAGAAGAAGAGAAGAGGCCAGCGAGGCGGGAGGGAACGCCGAAGAGGACGGAGAGGCCGGAUGAUGAUGCGGGGCCGAGCAACGCGCGGGUGAAGAGGAGACGGGUGGUGGAGGAGGAUGAUGACGAGGAGUGAUUUGGGUCGGGCGCCAACGGGGAUUUGGAUUUGACAUGAUGGAAGCAAAACAGCAUAGAGAGCGACAAAUUAACGGCAGGCAUGGUUAUCUGCUUGAUAAGGCAAA